AGACUGUUUGUAAAUCUGACACAAGUGUUUACACCAUUGUAUCUGCAUGAGACUUUGGAAAUGUCGGCUGGUCAAUUAGCCUUAAUUCCUUUGGUUAUGUUUAUAAGUAGUCUUGUAACAUCACCGUUGAUACAACCAAUUAAUAAGUGUUUGGGAAGAAAGUUGGCUUAUGGGAUCGGAGCAGUGUUAGGAAUAUCCGCUUGUAUAUGGGCCAGAUUCGGCAACGGCGAGUUUUACAUCACGUAUUUAAUAUAUGUCGUAGCAGUAUUAUUUGGUGCUGCUGGUUCAAUUCUUUUAGUGACAAGUUUAGGAGUUACUGGCGAUUUUAUAGGCAAAGACACCGAUAGCGGUGCAUUAGUUUAUGGGCUGAUGAGUUUUACUGAUAAACUUUCAACGGAUUGGCUGUGAUUGUGAUACAAAAUUUGGAAAGCAAAUUUACUGGAGUGACAUUCUACCGUGACGUCCUUACAUACGUUUGUGGAAGCUCGGCUUUGCUUGGUGUUGUCUUUUUAGCGUUUUUCAAACACGGAAACGGUACUCCCCCAUAUGAAAGCCUCCUCGACAGCAGAACAAACAUCAAUGAAGAAAUAACAUCAAACGAAAACCGGCAAAUAAAUAACGCAUCACAAAACGCUCCCCGAGAAGUUUUAUAAUAUUUCUAUUACUUUUUAGUGAUAUUUUUGUAUCUAAAAUUUAUAUUUUCACAUAGAACUCAAUUUCUGUGCCUUUGAUGACCACAAAGUGGUCUAAAAUGGAUAUACAUAUUUGUGAUAUGGUUUUAAAUCAACAGACCAAAAGAUAUUACGAAAUUAUUUUAUCACACUUUUGGCCGGUGUACAUAAUAAUAAUAAUAAUUUUAUAAAUGACAUAAAUAAUAGUUAGGAUAUAAUUUUAGCUGAAUUUUAAUAAUGUUGAUAAUCUCAAAUAUUAUAGUUAAAUAUAUUUUUAUA